AUGAUUGUCUUAUACAUCGCCCAAAGUCUUGAUGGAUUUAUUGCUGAACCAGAUGGCUCUAUAAGUUGGCUGGAUCCAUACAAUGACAACACUGAAAGUACAUAUGAAGAAUUCCUUAAAGGAAUUGAUACUAUUGUAAUGGGAAGAAAAACUUAUGACCAAGUCUUAACAUUUGGAGACUGGCCAUAUGUAGAGAAGAAAUGCUUUGUGUUUACAUCAGGAGAAAUCAAAGAGCCACCCAGCAAUGCUGAUGUAUCUAAAGUUGGAGGAGAUGUGAAAGAUUUUGUCAACAAAGAAUGUAAGGACAAGCGAGUUUGGUUACUUGGUGGAGCUGGACUCACUGUGGCCUUUAAAGAAGCAAGAUUGAUAGAUGAGUAUAUUAUUUCCACCAUGCCAGUGUUGCUUGGAACUGGUAUCCCAUUGUUUCCACCAUCAAAGAUAAAAAUAAAUUUGAAAUGCACCGCAACAAGAUUAUUCAAGAAUGGCAUUGUUGAAAACAGAUAUCUAGCAGCCUGA